GCUCGGCGCCGCCCGCCCGCCCCGCUCCGCCCCGCCCCGCCCGCCCCGCGCUCGCCGCCGGGGCCGGGGCCUCCGCCGGACCGAGCCCAGCCCAGCCGCCGCGGCGGCCCGGGGACCUGCCGCGGCCCUGAAUCCUGGUGCAGCUGAAGUGACUGCAGGCACUUUAAAGAUGCAUGUGAGCACGGAAGAGGAACUGGAGAAUGACACGCCAAGGUCGUGCUCCGCCACACAGGUUCAGUGGCAAAUAUGAACAUUCGUCAACAUUUGACAACAACUCCUUGGGACAUUAUGAAUUUGCUGGAAUCUAGACCACAGAGCACUUGCAAUAGCGCUUUUUAAACUUGAAUUUAAUUUAAAUGAAAGAAAAAUAAUCAUCUGGAUCAAUUGUAGUGAUGGCUAGCAAAAGAAAAUCCACAACUCCCUGCAUGAUACCAGUAAAAACACUGGUGCUUCAGGAGACUGAACUGGAUGCUGUAGAUGAUCAUGAAGGAACGCAACAAGAUGCUCCUGCUGAAGGGCCAGCAGCUAGUGAUGCUGGUGCCAGUAACAGUAAUAACGGAGCUUUGUCUAACGGGCACCGUGGCAUUGCUGAUAGCGACACUUAUAUCUGCAAGUCUUGUGACUUUGGAUGUCAAGACGUUCAUCACUUCUUUGGACACUUGGACUCUGAGCACUUAGACUUUAGGAAAGACCCUGCGUUUGCAUGUGUUGCAUGCAACUUCCUGGCAAAUAGCCACGAAGGGCUUUCACACCACAAUGCAGAGUUGCACGCCAGUGAAACGAACUUCAUCUGGAGGGUGGCUAAGCAGGACAAUCAUACAACUGUGGAGCAAAGUCUCUGUGAGGCCACCAGCAGCCAUGACCUUCCAGGAGAGGUCCCUGAAGAAGGGGUGGACAGCCAGUCUGAAAUUAUCAUUACCAAAACCCCUAUCAUGAAGAUAAUGAAAGGUAAACCAGAGGCCAAAAAAAUCCACACACUGAAGGAGAAUGUGUCAAGUCAGCUGGGCAGUGAGUCGGAGGUGAAAGACGGAGAGCAUUCAUUCCCAAACGGGUCCGUGCCAGUCAGUCAGCCCACUGCAAGUUCAACAAAAUCAUCUCAUAUAGUGAAUGGUUCCAUCAUAGGAAACGUGCCUGUUCUACAGGCAGGUGUGGCACAACUUGUGUCACUGCAGCAGCAACCCCCGUUGCAUCAGCAGCUACCUACGUCCAAGUCGCUUCCCAAGGUGAUGAUCCCCCUGAGCAGCAUUCCAACGUACAACGCUGCCAUGGACUCCAACAGCUUCCUCAAAAACUCUUUCCACAAGUUUCCCUACCCCACAAAAGCCGAGCUCUGCUACUUGACUGUGGUGACGAAGUACCCAGAAGAGCAGCUGAAGAUCUGGUUCACCGCCCAGAGGUUGAAGCAGGGCAUCAGCUGGUCACCGGAGGAGAUUGAAGAUGCCAGGAAGAAGAUGUUCAACACUGUUAUUCAGUCUGUGCCGCAACCCACCAUUACAGUUUUGAACACGCCGCUGGUUGCAAAUCCUGGGAGUGUCCCUCAUCUUAUUCAGGCCACUUUACCGGGCCAUGUGGUGGGGCAGCCGGAGGGGACGGGGGGUCUGCUGGUCACGCAGCCCAUCAUGGCAAAUGGGUUGAAGGGCACCAGCUCCUCCUUCACCUUGGCAGUGACUUCUGUCCCCAAACCGCCGCCGGCAGCGCAGCACAGCACGGUGAGCUCCAGCAACGCGUCGGGGGUAAAGGUGGUCAACAGCGGCCAGUCGCUGCUCACCGCCUGCCCGGCCAUCUCCUCGCAGACCUUCCUGGAUCCCAAUGUGUACAAAAACAAGAAGUCUCACGAGCAGCUCUCGGCCUUGAAAGGCAGCUUCUGCAGAAAUCAGUUCCCUGGCCAGGCUGAAGUCGAGCGGCUGACAAAAAUCACAGGCCUUUCCACCAAGGAGAUUAGAAAGUGGUUUAGUGACAGGAGGUACCAUUACAGGAACGUGAGAGGCGGCCGGGCCGUCUUCCCUGGAGACAGCGCUCUCGAUUCCCUGCCCGAAAUUGCCUUUGACGCCUCACCCAGAGGAGCCGAGCUGAGCCCCGUGGCAGCCGCGCCGGCCCCUCACCACCCACCGCGGCGGCAGUCAUGGCACCAGGCGCCCGACUUCACGCCAACCAAGUACAAAGAGCGGGCGCCAGAGCAGCUGAAGGCCCUGGAGAGCAGUUUUGCCCAAAAUCCCCUUCCUGCGGAGGAAGAGGUGAACCGCCUGAGGGGGGAGACGAAGAUGACACGGAGGGAGAUUGAUAGUUGGUUCUCAGAGAGGAGGAAGAAGAAGGUGGCGGAGGAGAAUAAGAAAGUGGAGGAGGCGGCUCGGCAGGAGGAGGAGGCGGAAAAUGGCGGUGGAGAAGAAGACUCCUCAGAUGAGCUGAGGGCUGCGAGUGAAAACGGCUCAGUCGACGUCUCUGGCAACAACCCAAACUCGGUGGAGCGGAAAGUGAGUCCCAUCAAAAUCAACCUGAAAAACCUCCGAGUGACCGAGUCCAACGGCAAAAACGAGUUACCGGGGGCUGGUGCAAAUGAGAAAGGGGACAGCAGCUCCAGCCGGCCGCCCACCCCUCCAAAAACCAAACUGAACUUCAAAAAAACAGCCCAGCAGCGGCAUUUGCUGAAGCAAAUGUUCGUGCAGACCCAGCGACCCACGAACCAGGAGUACGACGCCAUCGUUUCCCAGACGGGCCUGCCGCGGGCUGAGGUCAUUCGCUGGUUCGGGGACAGCCGGUAUGGCUACAAGAAUGGGCAGCUGAAGUGGUAUGAGAACUACAGGCGGGGGGUUUUCCCCCCGGGGCUGGUGGAGGUCAGCCCCACCAGCCGGGAGGUGCUGGAGGACUACUAUGAGAAGCAGAAGGGGCUGCGGGAGGAGGACCUGCCCAGCCUCUGCGAGCGCUCCCACCUCAGUGCCCAGCAGCUCAAGGUGUGGUUUGCGGUGAAGGCGGAGGAGGAGAGCAAGGGGGCCGUCCCCGAGGAGGGCUGUGCCAGCGAGGCGGCGGGAAGCCGGAAAGGGCCGUGCGAGGCCAGCUCGGAGGUGUUGGAGAGCAGCGAGGCGUGGGAGCCGGGCGGCCAGGAAGGCAGCGCCGGGACCCCCGCCGCCCCUGGCCCGCCGCCUGCCGCCACGCGGCUCGAAACAGACUGAACUCAAACCACCAGCCCCGGAGGAUCCGCUCUUACCCUUGAGAAGAAAUUUUUGGUCUUUAAGAAACCCAUGGGCCGGCCUGAUCCAAACCUCAGGAGCAGGACGUGGUGAUAAAGCACUGCCAUAAAUGAGACCUUUAAGCACAGCACAUGAGAGAGUGCACGUGCAAAAACUGGGCACUUAGUGCAGAGCUCUCGGUGGCCCAGCCAAGGAGAUGGCUGAGAGCUGACGGAGGCAGGGGCUCAGCUCAGACCCAGGAAAUAGGAUGCUCUUGUUUGCUUUCUAGUCAACAGACUUUCAGAUUUCAUAUUCAUAUACCGAUGCCUACAGCUGCCUAUACAAGCAUAACGAAUCUCAGACAUUGUGUAAACAAGGUCAUUGCUUAGAUAUGGACUAUCAUGGCACAGUACUUUUUUCUUUAUUUUCUUUUUUGUUUUUUUUUUUUUCAUCUGUCCGUUAAGGUGUUUGUUCUCUAAAGGUUGGCAUGGCUGCAUAUAUCCUCUCUGCCCUUUCUGGUCCUUACGCCCUGGCAAUGAAGGGCUUUAUGGGCAUGCAAGUGUGUGUGUGUGUGUUAGGAAAGGUAUCUGAGAAGAAAGCUGCCAGUCUUGCAUAAAAGUCCCGUGGGAGCUGAGUGCGAUUUUUCAUCCCUAUGGAUGAGGUUAGACUUAGCAUUGCAUACUCUCCAAUAAGUAGCAGGUUCCCAGACCCAGACAACCCAGGAGAUGGAGUUUGGUGUCAUUUGUCCCUUGCUGCCUAGAAUAUUUUCCCCUGCGCUCCUGGAGACUGACUGUAGCAGGCUGUUAAAUCUCCAAGUCUCCCUUUAAUCACUGAGAACUAGAACAUAAUAAUUUUUCCAUCCUGACCUGGAAUCCUUUUCAUUGUUCAGAGAGAACAAGCUGUUCUUCAGAGAACAAAUGCAGAGAAUAUGCAGCGUUGCUCUGAGUGGUUCAAGUCAUUGUUGUCUCCAAGGGAUCUGCAAGGCAGCAGCUCUUCUGCAAUCAGGAAGUUUCCCUCUUGCAGCCCUACAUGACAGAUCCUCCUGCAGCAGCGCUGGUAACCUCGAGUGUUUGCUCCAGUCUUUUUCUUCUUUCCCCCCGCCCCAGUUAAUCUGGAAUAGUUCUGGCGAAACAGCAAAAUAAACUUCCCCGUUACCCUUCCUGCUUCCCGUUACCUGUACAUUUUUAAUGUGCCCAUGUUGUAUUGGGUGGUUGCUGUGUGAUGCAACUACUUGCAGAUUUUUUAAAAUAUUCUUUUCUAAUAGAAAACAAAGUCUAGAAGGGAAACUCUUGAGCUGAAUAGUCCAGCCAAAUGCUGUGUCAGACCAUUCUGUCACAAACUAAUCAAAUCCCAGCUCAAAAUUGUUUCCAUGUCUUGCCUUCACUUUUGCUCUUGGAAGGCUAUUCCAGAGCUCGACUGCCUUUGCAUGGUCAGAAACUUUAUUUAAAUUUCUAGUUUGAAUUAAUUCAUGGCCGGUUCAUUCCUGGUUUGUUUUGCAGCCAGCAUUGUCCCUUAACUUAAAUAGUUUUUGGUGUUUAUCCACUGAUGUAUUUAUGGAGAGUAGUCAUAGCUCCUUAUUUUUGCCAAGCUAACUCAGCCAAGCUUUUUCAGUAGAAGGUUUUUAUUUAGUGAGAGCUUUUUAAUGUGGGAGACUUUAUUGUUGGUGGUAAGUGAUAUUUAUUAGAAGGGUGGGUAGCAAGCCCCAAAGGAUCAGAUCCAGAGAUUUACAAAAUAUCUGGUUUAAAAACAAAAAUGGUCUUUCAGAGCCUCUUCCAAAGAUGGUGUCUGAUUUCUACCUUUAACUGCCCUUGCUUUUCCCAUUCUUUCUUCCUCCCCUCUUUAAGAGGCCGCCUUGCUCAGCUACUAGGAGGGGCUUUAUCUGCUCAGGGCUUUGCAAGAGAGGGCUUCCUCUCACCUGGGGGUGUGUGCCUACAUGGUAGGUGCCUGCACCUGAGUUCCUGUAGCUCUCCUGGCACAUGGGGUAAUCCCUGCGGCCAAGCAUGAGCAUCUGCUUCAGAAGGAGAUGACCUGCACCCUGAAGAGAGCUGGGGCGAUGUGCUUAGAUGCAGACACCUGUGCUGCAACCACCCCUUAGCAGUCAGAUGAACCCUGCCCAAAACGCCACGAGCAGGGGUGGUGUCAACCCAGAGCAUCCUGCUGUGACACCAGGCUCCCUAAAUUUCUUCCUUUUUAGAAGCACUAUUGCUGGUCAUGCUGUGGUUGGAGGCAUAACCAGCAGUAAUCCCACCUCGGGCUCGUGUCGGCUCAGCUGGGCAGCAUCCCCGUGGCUCUCCUCCAGGAGAGCAGAGGUGGCUGCACUGCAAAGACAGCCAGAGCCCCAGGGGUUCACCCUCAUGGGUGCAAUUCUGUGCACCCCGAAAUGUCGCAGGUGACAGGAGAAUCCGGGUGGUCCUAGAGCCAGAGGUAGCAGAUCUGGGAGUCAUGCAGCCCAAGAGUAUGAGUGUAUGUACGAUGUUACCUUCAGAGAACAAAUACAGGUAGGUCAAUUUAUUCUCUAGUGCCUAUGUACAUGCAGGUUUAUUUAAGUACGCAUAUAUACAGUUCAGAUAUGCCAUUGAUUCUUUAUUGCAUUAAGAUGUACACUAAAAAUGUACACUUUUACUAACUACUUGCUAUAUAAAUAUGUUGGAAGUGUAGUUUGCCCAUUCAAGGUGAUUUUCUGUGGAAUUUUUGGUGUACACUUAUAGGCCUAUGGCUAAUUGGAAGAGUGAUCCCUGCUCCAUCUACAGAAAUGCUUAAGGAUUAUGGUAUGAACUGGUCCCUUCAAACCAUUUUUCCAUGCACUAGCUGAAAUUUUUUGCACUUGGAUUAUUUUUGGCCAGUUUUCCAGAAAAAUUGAAAAGAGAAGUCUUGUGAGCUAGACAGAGAAUUUCCCGGUGUACACAGAAAAAAACAGCCUUGAGGGUUGGAAGCUGCUGAGGUUUUUGAGCUUUGUCUCCAUGCAUUCAUACAAGCACAGCAGGAGUUUUCUUUCUUUUGGGUUGGAGGAUUUUUAAAAAGUGGUUCCAUGCAGACUCCCCUUGGAUAUGGCGACGGGGCUGGCAAGCCCCAUUGCGUGGGGAGGGUAGGAUUUGGAGACAAAAAAAAUCAAAAAGUAAUCGAGUUCCCUUUCUAACUCCUACAUUCCUUGCUAUCUGCAUUUUUUAGUUGACUUGAAAUCUCCGUGAAAGUAUAAGCUGAAGAUUUUUGAGGAUUUAGCUCUGUGGUCCUCUGUUUCACUAUUGCAUCAUUUUAGAAGCUGAGGAGAAGCAGGUGUCAUCUCCAAAUAGACUCAGGUUUUGGUUCAGGACAUUAGAAAUGUGUUAGCAUCUGAAACUGAAAGGAAAAAUUGAGAGGUGGCUUGACAGUCCCAGCAGCAGCUCUUCUGGUGUUAAGAGGAAGUGUCACCACAAUUCUACAGUGUCAGAAUAUUUAUCAUCAUCUAGUCAAAGAUGACUGUCUUGACUUGAAAGGAGGGGUGUAAGAUAGAGGUCAUGUAGCCAGCAUCAGUAAGGAAGGGAAAUUAAAUUCUUUACCUCCAUCCGCUGCAUGUGAGCUUGGGCUUGACAGGCACAGUAGUAACCAUCACUUUUAAUCCACGUGAAUCUUGUUACUUAUGUCUCUGAGGCCGCUUAGAUUAAGGGCACAAUCCAAUUGCUUAAUAACCUGAAACCCUGACUUGUGCUGUACCUGGCUCGCUCAUGCAAAGGGCUGCUGGUCCUCCUGACACAAGGAACAGACUUAUUUUAUUCCUUAUCAGCAGGCCCUGCCAUGAGAUUUCUAGACAUGGCGCUCUGUUUCAUUUGGGUAGCUUAUUUUUCAGCUGUUUAAUUACCAUCCUGGAAGUAAUUAUUUUUGUUAUUUUUAUUUUUUUUUAAGCAGAACACUAAACAAACCAUGAUCCUAUUUCCACUUGCCUGAGAGCUGAGCGCUGCUGCACAUCAGGCCCACAGCCACGGCAAGCAGAACGGGCACAGGUGCUUGCUUCGAUGCAUGGCAUGCAGUGGUCAGCGCAUGCCUGCAGAGCUCCGGCUGCAGGUAUUUAGCACGGCUGCACAUCCCCUCCCUGCCAGGGCCUUGCGUUGGUCACCACAAGAAGCCUCCAGCAAAAGGAGUAGUGCUGGCAGCUGUGAUGAGGGACCCUGUAGUCAGCCCACAGCUGAACGCAGAGCCUCAACCUGCCCAGGCGAUGCCUGCACAGGAGCUGGAGCUGCAAGGUACCUGCUUGGUUAAUUUUUGCUGGGUGCCUUUCCUGUCCAGGAGGAAAAGGGGGAUGUAGAGGGCUGCUUUUCUGUUUAGGGUUUUGGUAAUUUUUUUUUAAAAUGAAAAUCAACAAUUUUUGGUCACAGGUAGAAGCGUUGUAUUCUGUCUUCCCUGCAGUCCCUCUCUUAGAGACAUUACAGGACAACCUGAGUGGAAGGUGAUGUUUGGAAGCUGGGUCACUGGGAAUCAGAAGAGAAAGGUGAUUUUUGAGGACUUAGGCACCAAGUAGAAAGUUAACAUGCCGCUGUACCUUCCUGUCAAGUUGACAGUAUUUAAAAUGCUUGUAAACUUCUCUCUCUUGUUGCCCAGAUAAUUUUGGCUUCGCUCUUUUCAAAUCAAUGGUGGCCUGAUGUGAUUCAGCUCACUGCAGUAACCUCUGUUGUAAUUCCUCAGUUGAUCACAAAACCAGCAGGGUGAGAUUAGGCAACACUACAAAUGGAGUGGGGGAUGAGACACUUGGAAGCUGUAUCUUUUUUUUUUGCAAGUUCAGUUUCUGCUGUAUUUUUACUGGCAGUGGUCCCUGCCAGGGAUGCUGGAUUGGCAUCGCAAACUUCAAAGCAGAGCAAGGGAGCUCUGUUACCUAAGCAGUGGGGUUUUUUUUUCCUUUUGUUUUGCUUUGUUAUUGUCUGUUCCAGUAAAGAGUGCUCUGUUGGCUGAUGUUGGCCAUAUUUUGAUGGCACAGUUAAAGCCACUUUUUCCCUGUACUGAUGGAGGGUGGUAUUAGGAGGACUCUUGCUUACUGGUGCUAGUGAAGGUUGGGCUAGGAAUCCAUGGCAUAGAAAACUUCUUGCUAAAAUUGCACUUUCUCUCUGCCCCAUCUGGCUCGUGGUGGUGUUAUGGGUACGUACGUGGCUGUGAUUCCCCUUGCACAUACUAACAUUGCACUAAAAGAGAGACUUUGGGAACAGCGUGUUGAUCACUUUGUUUCUCAGCAGACCACAAAGUCAGCCUAAUGGGGUCUCUUUUUUUUUUUUUAAUUAUUGUUAUUUAGAAAUCAUGCUGGUGCUGAAUGACCUGGAAUUUUUGCUUGGAUUUAUCCAAAGGAAAAUGUAAUUGUAGCUGCAACGGGACCUUUCAUAAGGGUGGCCGUGCAGCUAGGGAGCAGAGCAAGGGCUCUGCGGUAUAAACCGUCUUUGUACCGGGGAGGCGUCGGGGGUUCCAGUGGGGUUAUUAUUGUGUUUUUGUUUAAGACCACAGUUUCAGCUGGUCACCUUGGCAAUCGUGUGAGACAGGAAAUAGUUUUUACUUUUGGUAAAGGUUUUGAAGAGAAAAAAAAGUGAAGCUGCCUGUGAUUGUGGGCUGUGGCUAUUACUAGGGCUAGGGUAGCUUGUACCUGCUAUGGACUUUACCUGCUCUUAUUCUGAGGGCAAGAACUCCCUGUAGCAACAAUGCCACUUCUGAGAAGUGAACGGCAAGUUUCCCUUCCUUUUGUAUAUGUGGAUGUGAGGGUGGGCGAGGGGAAGAGCUUGCUUGUACAGUUUGUUGAAAUGAAACCAGACAUUUUUGGUUGUUCCUAAAUAAAGAGCGUAAAA